AUGUCGGCGCUUUUCGGUCGUUCCGACGCGUUUUGUCUAACUUUUCUUGAAUUUUGUAAGCUUUUUGGUUCAUUACUUUAUAGAAUAUUGGUCAAAAAGUAUGUAGAAUUGAAUUUUGUUUUAAAAUUUUUUUUUUUCAUUUUGAAAUUUGGGUAGGGUAAAGUAGGGUAGGUUGGGCAGGGUAAUAAAAGGUAGGAAGGAUAGGGUAAAGUAGGGCGGCGAAAUAAUAUGGCUAGGCUAUGAUAUUUUAGGCUAAAAUCUGAUUUUUUACAAUCUUUCAGACCUAAAAAAUAACCUUUUCUAUAAACUUUUUGACCUUAAUCUAUAAUUUUUAACAUAACCAAUCUCAUCAUUCCAGACGUCUAUGUAACUACCCUGUGCCUACUAUACACGCUGUCGUUGAACUGUACGAAGAAGAAGAAUGGGAAGCCGAGUUUGUGCAUGUCCGAUUGCUCAGCCUCGACCACGAUCACAUGCGACCGGUCGGUCGAGAAGAAGGACAGCCCCAAAGUGCCCAAGAAAGUCAAGAAAAAGAAGGCUCCGAGCAAGGAGACCGCCAAGCGAGAAGUGUCUAUCAAACUGGUACCUAAAAACAAUGUGAAACAGGACUCGACAAAGGUUGUGAAUGCUUCGACUGGCACUCCGUCGGCUGAAGCAAAGUGAGUUGGUUUUGUAAGUUGGGUUAUGGCCAGGGACGUCGUUUGGACGGGGGGGGGGUGGUUUGGGGUGACUUCACUGGUUAGGGCAUUGUAGGGUAUAGAGGGUAGAGUAAGCUAUAGUAUUAUAGAGUAAGGUGCGCUAUGACUGGGAGGGUAAGGUAAAGUAUGGUAUUGUAAGGUGUUAUAGGACAGGGCAAGGUACGGUAGGAUAGGGUAGGGUACGGUAGGAUAGGGUAGAGUAAGGUAAAGUAUGGUAUUGUAAGGCGUGUUAGGGCAGGGUAAGGUACGGUAGGGUAGGGUAUAUAGAAAUAGGGAAUGAGUCGGGCCAGGCCUGAGCAAAAUUUUGGUCGGGCCGGGUCUGGAAAUUCCGGAAAAGCCGGCCUUGUCUGUUUGUAAAAAAAUCCGGGCUGGGCCUGGGUUUGGAAAAAAACUUAGGUCGGACCGGGCCUGAAACUUGGGCCCGACUCGUUCCCCAUGACUAAGGGACUAGGGUAGGGUAUGGCAAUGUAGAGUAGAGUAGAGGGUAGGGUAGGGUAAUGUAGAGUAGGGUAGAGUAGUGUAGGGUAGGUAGGGUAGGGUAGGAUAGGGCAGGGUAGGGUAGGGUAGGGUAGGGUAAGGUAAAGUAGAAGGUCACGGCCUACAGUAAGAUUUGGUUUUUUACGUCUAUUCCCUUGGCUCUGAGGGUAGGGCAAGAUAAAGUCUAUUUAUAAUAGGUUUAUGUUUUUAUAAUAUUUGUUCUCUAGAGGUCAGCUCAAAAAGGUAAAACCCUACUUUUCAGACCAAGAGUAAUCGAAAAAGAAACAGGCGAAUGUGAUAAGGCGGACGGAGACUCGGAUCCAGAAGCGAAGGGCGAGAACACGUGUACGAUCAGUUUGGGCCGAAAUCUCAGCGACUCGAACAGUCAUCGAACCAUCGUUCCGUCGGAUACUGACAGGUACUUUUGCCCAGCUUAUAUUAUAUUAGGUCGAACCAAAAUCAGCGGGACGCUUUCCAUCUGUUGUUCAAUUAAGAAGUGUCCCACUAUUAUUGGUUCAAACUAAUAAUGCUAAAAUUGAUAAUGCUAACCUAAUAAUGCUAAAAUUGGCAGGUUCUAUAUCUUUUACUUGAAGAUGUUGAUGUAUUUUGCUAUUCCAGGUCACUAAUCCGCAUGGACAACACCCAACACUCGUCGAAGACGCUACGCUCCAAAAAACACUUUAUCCCUCGGCCCAAACCCGUCGCAACCUCCCCGACGAUAAAGCCUACAUCAACAAACCAACCAACAGAUGAGAAUAAAGUGGUAAUCUAAUAUUGUGGGUUCAUUUUGGGUUACAUGUGUUGCUUCAUAUAUUAUCUUGGAUUGGUUUGGACGGGAGGGUAAAGAUAUAAAGAGACUUUAGGGUAUGGCAGGGAAGGGAUGAAUAAAGUAGGGUAGGGUAGAGGCGGAGAGCGUAGAGUAGGAUAGUGUAGGAUAGGGUAAAGUAGGGUAGAGAACGGUAGGUAGAAUAAGGUAUUGAUUCUUCAAUUCGCUCGUACACUUGUUACCUUCUUCUAUUCGGCCGUACACAAGUUGCUCUCAACUCAAUUCGUCCGUACAUAAGUUUCCAUAACGAACAUUCAAUACCAUUUCAGAUAACAUUAACCUUGAUUUUUACCAUCAAAUCACUCCCAAAACACCGAGAUUAA